GACGUCGUAUUACAGUUGUUCUUCAUGGGAAUCUUGAGGAUUGAGAAGACUUCCAAAAUACGCCGCGGUCCGUCCACACUUCGACUUCGCCACCGUCAUCCGUUCUCUGAUGCGUUUUUCUUUAUUAAUUCUCUCUCCGGCAAAACCGCCACUUCUUCCAUGAAGAACGAUGAAGAAGAAAGCUCCUGUAAUAUCAAGCGUUAUCUGGUUCACCUGGAAGCUAGUGAUCACCUUCUCUGUUGCACUUUGCAUCCUCGCUCUUCUCAGGCUUCAAUCGUAUUCCCGGCUUGACCUCCCCUCUGCCUCAUUAUCUCGUCGAUUGCGUCCUCCCCCUCAUUCCUUUUCCGGCCCCCCUAAGAUUGCCUUCUUGUUUCUCACUCGUCGAAACCUCCCGCUUGAUUUUCUCUGGGGAAGCUUCUUACAGAAUGGCGACGUUGCGAGCUUCUCGAUUUAUGUUCACUCCGCACCGGGAUUUGUAUUCGAUGAAUCGACAACAAGGUCGCAUUUCUUUUUUGGACGGCAAUUGAGGAAUAGCAUACAGGUGGAAUGGGGAAAGUCAAGUAUGAUUGCUGCAGAGAGGUUGUUAUUUGAAGCAGCGCUUGAGGAUCCAGCAAACCAGAGAUUUGUUCUUCUAUCUGACAGUUGUGUUCCGCUAUACAAUUUUAGCUACAUAUACAGCUAUCUCAUGGCUUCUCCAAGGAGUUUCGUGGACAGUUUUCUUGAUGCAAAGGAGGGUCGCUAUAACCCAAACAUGUCACCUACUAUACCUAAGAGCAAGUGGAGAAAAGGGUCCCAGUGGAUCAGUUUGAUUCGUAGUCAUGCAGAAGUAGUUGUGGAUGAUGAUGUUAUAUUCCCAAUCUUUGGGUCAUUCUGCAAGCGAAGGCCACCUGUGGAUGCCAGCAAAGGAAAUAUGAACAUUAAACUUCAAAAGCAGCACAACUGUAUUCCAGAUGAACACUAUGUCCAGACAUUACUUUCUUUACAUGAACUUGAAGGUGAACUUGAACGAAGAACAUUAACUUACACGCUAUGGAAUCAGUCAACCACCAAAAUGGAGAACAAGGGUUGGCAUCCUAUUACGUUUAAUUAUGCUAAUGCUGGACCUCGGCAAAUUAAGGAAAUAAAGGGAAUCAACCAUGUCUACUAUGAGACUGAGUUCAGGACGGAAUGGUGUCGAAAUAAUUCAACUUCUGUUCCUUGUUUUCUGUUUGCCAGAAAAUUUUCUCAGGGAGCUGCUAUGCGAUUAUUAAGCCAGGGAGUUGUCAGUCACUUUGAUGCCUCAGCAUCAUUAGAUAUUUAGAUCAACCAACUUCAACUAUCAUUCAUCAUGAUAGCCACUUGGUUAAAAUGUUAAAUAUUUCAUACUUUUUCUAACUAUAAAUGUUGGAGGGUGAGUACCUCUUGAAAUGAGUUAAGGUGUGCGUUAGUUUAUCAGAUACUAUUGGUUUUCAAAAGAAAAUCAGGCUGGAUGGUUCAAUCACAUUUCACAGUAUUUAUCUUUCUUUUCCAUCUAAGUCCGCGUUGUUGGUGGUAUUCAUCAUUUGUAUCUUAAGUUGAGAAAACGGUUCAUUGAAGGAAGUCACUUAGUUUGUUCAUGGUGUUUCUACAUUGACAAUCAGUUUAGAAGGCUUCCGAGGAACUGCCCAGAAGAUAUGCUGAAAGAUUGAAUUGUCCAUACUAUCCAAACUUGGACACGCAAUUUUAUUUAGUGGGUUAUUUGCUGAAAUUACUGUUGUAUCAAGAAAAAAAAUCAUAUUAAUCCAACCUUUUAUUU